AUGCGCGUGGGCGGCGGGCGGGACGACGAGGAGGUGUCCCGGAAGCUCAAGAGCAUGGACGUGGACAAGCUGGAGAACGGCGGCGGCGAGGAGAGCCCGCGCCCGCCGCGGCCCGCCGUCAAGUACCACGGCUGGAAGGCCAUGCCCUUCAUCAUCGGGAACGAGACGUUCGAGAAGCUGGGGACGCUGGGCACGUCGGCCAACCUGCUGGUGUACCUGACGCAGGUGUUCCACAUGCGGAGCGUGGACGCGGCGACGCUGCUCAACGGGCUCAACGGCACCACCAGCCUCGCCCCCAUCAUCGGCGCCUUCCUCUCCGACGCCUACCUCGGCCGCUACCUCGCGCUCGCCAUCGCCUCCGUCGCAUCCCUCAUCUACGUGCUGUACGUCGGAGAUCUGGAAGCUGAGCUUGGGUGGAGAUGGAUGUGGAGUGCGGUAGUUUACAGCACGACGUGCGCACUAAUCAUUCGUAGCGUCAGCACCAUCGUCCUGGCUCAGCUGAGUUUCCAGGCCAUUUAUUGA